AUGGCUGACCUCAGUGGCAUGGCUACUGAUCCGGAGCCCUCUGCCACCAGCAGUGAUGAAGCAACCUCCACAAUGUCGUCAGAGGAGGCAAGUGUGAAGGAGAAUUCCAUCGAGGAAGCCGCAGAGCAGAUCUUAGGGAGUGACUAUGCCCUUUGCAGAGUACCGCGCCAUGCUCGGUACUCCUGGCCCUCCAUGGCACUGGAGCAGAUGGCGCAGGGCGGCUGCAUCGCGAAUGUUGUGCUCGGAGCUGAAAUAGGACAUAAGAUGACUUCCACUGAUGCCCUGCUGGCUGUUCUCCUCGGUAACCUCAUACUGGCUUUGAUGGGCCUGGUACUUGGCAUGAUCGGCUGCAGAGAAGGCAUGACUACGUCCAUGCUGGGGCGCUGGACAGGUCUUGGUGUGGUCGGCACCGGGCUACUGAGCCUCAUCACGACAGGCAGCCUCUUCGGUUGGUUUGGGAUCCAAGCCGCGAUCGCCGGAGACGGCUUGGAGGCAAUUGGCCGCUUGGGCUACGCCUGGACUUGGACUCUGGCGAACGGGGCGCUGGUGACGUUUGUCGUCGUUUUUGGCUUUCGCUGGAUGGUUGGCGCAUCCUGGAUCACAGGACCCAUCUUCUUGGUCGUGGUUAUCUGGGCAUGCGUUGUGGCCCUGCAAGAUUCCGGCCACAAGAAGCACGACCUCGAGCUUUCGGAGCUCUCUCUGCUGCACGGAACCGGGAUUGUUGUGGGAGGGUGGGUUGUGGGCACGACGAUCGCGUCGGACGUCUUCCGAUUUGCUCGGUCGAAGCGUCAAGCUGCAUCACUUGUUGCCCUGCCUCGCAGCUGUUCCCUGGCAGUCUACAUGGUCGCCGGAGUCUUGCUUGCGCAAGCAUAUGGGACGGACGAUGUCAUCACGAUCAUGCAUGAGUCUGUCGGUCUCGGAGCUGUCGUAGUCGUGGUGGCCGGAGAGAUGGUCAUCAACUGCACGAACAUAUAUUCUGCGAUGCCUGAUCUGUUUAGGAAGUAUUUUUAUGUAUCGAUGAAGCGGCUUCAAGAUCAGCCUCUGAUUCUACUGCUUAGUCAGGGAGCAAAACACCGAGCUGGGAGGAGGAGCAGCAGCAGGAGGAGAACGUGUUGUUGCAAUUGUGACGGUGGUGACAAUAUGGUAGUGGCUGCUGGGAUAGGAUCAUGUGGUAGCGGUGGCAGUAGCAGUAGAGUUCGAAUCAGCAUCAGCACCAGCAGGAGGAGGAUGAGCAGGAGGAGUAGAGGUUGGAAGUACUAG